UCCUUCUUGGGUGAAAAUACAAGUACAAUAUCACCACCUCCUGCUUGGCAGACGAAGGCCUGUCAACUUGAAGGUUACGUAUCGUCAACGAUUCAACGGACAGCCUGGGUAGCUGAAAAUGCCGAGUAAUGAGCCGCCCAUGUAUUCCGAUACACCGCUGGCGCUCAUUCCGACGCCAAAGUUCCAAACAGGCAGGGAUGAUCCAUUCACGAUCGAGGCUUCCCAUAUGGCCCUCAGCCACAACGCCUUUAUCCGCGGCUUCAACACCAUCUAUCAGCAAGCUCCUCGACUUUGCGAACGUGCAGACAAGACCGACUUUGUCGGCUACUGCCUGGCCUGGAUUGACUGCGUCGCGACUCACCAUCAUUAUGAAGAGACGGAGCUUUUCCCAAACAUCAACAAGGCCGCUGGCCAAACUGCUUUGAUGGAGGACGCCGUCCACGAACAUGAGGCCUUCAUGGGCGGCAUGGAGCGACUCAAAACCUAUCUCCUGGAGGAGGGCGCCGACUUCUCAUCCACCGAACUAAUCGCCACCAUGGACGAAUUCAAGGAGCCACUCCACAGACACUUGACAUCCGAGCCGGUUGCCAUCGCAGCACUAGCUAAUCACAGCACCCAAGACAAGCCGAUAGACAUUCUCGCAAUUGCUGAUGCCGCUGGCAAGAAGCAAGUCAACCUAAGCUUCGUGUUCAACACGCUGCCCGUCUUUUUCCUGAACAUGGAGACGGUUGAGUUUGAAGGCGGCAUGUGGCACGGUGUAUUCCCGCCUCUGAAAGGCGUCGCCAGAUUCAUCAUGAACCGGGCCGUGCCAAUGUGGCAUUCUGGCCGCUGGCGCUUUGUCAGCUGUUCGCCAGACGGAGAAGCGAAGCGGUUGGCCGUCUGAUUACAAACUUGAAGACUCGAAGUUAUAGUAACAGGCUCGGGCCGCUUCCUGAUGAUCAGCCUGGGGCACUUACUUGCAAACGCAAGACUUGACAGUUCAGCGCAGCAAGUACCCAGGAGCGGGAGGUUAAUGGGCGGGAAGUGACCAUUUUGAGUUUAUUAGCCGCCUCGAGGCCGCCUCCUGCUGUGACGGUGUUUUUUGGGAAGUUUAUCA